ACAUUAGCUGCAAUAUACCCUGUGUAUAUUUAUUUAUUUGCGUUAUACAAAAGAAGACUAUUUAAAAAUGGUUCCCCAAGCAAAGAAUAGGCUUAUUAUAUUGCUUGAAAAUGACAAUAACGAUAAUUUUGUAAAAUGUUGUUUUAAAGCUUUUAGUAGUGUGUCGUGUAAUUUACGUGUAUUCCUAACAAUGAAUUCAUUUGUUAAUUAAUGUUAUAACAAGGAUGUUAAAUUGUCUCGUCUUACUCCUCCUGUUUUCGAAUUGCUAAAUUUACACCUGGUGUGGCAAUCGCUAAAUAACUCCUGUGGUUUAACAUAUAUCUUUGUAUUGUUAUUAUUAAUUAAAAAAACUAUGAAAGUACUAAUUCGUGUUAUCACCCCAAAACCAUAUUUUUAAAUUUGGAGAUAUUGGGCAAUAUGUGCUUGAAUGGUCCUGCCCCACAGUACUAUAUAACCACAAAGUAUUUUUAUAUGCCGAAAAGUUGCUCUUUUUAGAAUUUAGAUCAUGCUAUUUUUCUAAGUUUGUAUUUGUAAAAAAAUGUAUUAUACUCCCACAAUCUGAGCUCUAUUACCGUUAUUGAAAAUUAAGUUUGACAGUAAAACCGGUGUAAAUGCGUGUUGUAAACAAAAUGUACAAUUAAAAUUAGUUACAGUUUAUUGAAGUGUAUAUGUAAAUCAAGCGGACGUAUAAGCAUGUACUGCUGUGAUUCUGUGUAACCAUGUAUGACGUUGUGUGUGCGUAUCAGAUACAUUUUUUACGAAAUAAGUUUAUACAAGAGAGCACAGAUCUUCAUUUCUUAUUAUUUGGCUGACACCUCUCAAACUAAUCAUUGUAAUUACAAAGUAGUUUCGUGUAAUAGCAUCUUACGUUGUUGUUUAAACUUAACUGUAAAUGGAGCAAGUCAGAACACUGAUUUUGUUGUUGUACAUUAGCUACAGCACAGCAGCAUCAGUAACAACUUCAAGUGGAACCUGGCAGGCGCUUCUUUCUUCUAACAACCCAAGACUUUAUCUUUCAAUAAAGUAUGGAGAAUGUCUCUCUACUACCCCUUUUGGAAUAGACGUUGAAGCAAAAACACAUGAUCAGUCAUUGCCUUUCAAAUUCAAAGUUACCGUGGUAGAAAUAUUAAAAUCUUUGUUCAUUGUCAGUAUUGAAAGAAUUGAUAAAACUGAGGGAUGGUCGGAAACUCUAAUCAAAUUUGAUUGGCAACUUAAAUUCGGACAGGGCGGUGUUGCUUACAAGAACAGAUACAUAAAGCUGCUGUACACGGCUGUUUCUUUUGCGUAUAGCCGUUCCCGGUCUUUUACACAAUGCAGUUCAUCUGGAGGAAAAUUAGUGGAUAUUGUUGACAAGGAAAUGUAUGAUGUAAUAUACUAUUACGUCGCUACCACUUUCGAUUCUGGCAUUUAUAAUUAUGUUAAUAUUUGGACAGCAAUGAAUUUCAAUACUGAGAACGGAAACGUAACUCAAAGCAAUGGAGAACCUGGCUACAAUGAUGAUUGGAACCCUGGGUGGCCACUGGGCGGAUCAACACGUAUCGGUGUGGUUAUUUCGGUUGGAACUAAACCGACAGCAGCUCCCAACGUAGGGCUGCGAAACUUUAGUGCCGCUCAUACUGCUGUGCCACUUUGUAUGUAUUAGCAGUGGCAGUAUACUAUGCACAUACGAAUAUGAGCGGCGUGCUGAGUCACUUAAGAGUUAAAUAUUAGUGUUACUAUAUAUCCUUUAUACACCUUUAGUGCUUACAACUUAAACCCACCGUAUUGUAGAAAGGAACGAUCACACAUUGUAAUACAGGUUUAUUAUUACGAGCUAAACCUGGAUAGGUUAAAGCCAUAUACGGUUCAUAAUGUGAUUUAAAUUUAAUUACGCAAUAAUUUUCAUAGUUUUGAUUUGGUUACAUAGUAGUCGUUGAUAUAGUAGGGUGGGGGAAGAUAGAACACCUUUAGCACAUAACAUCCAAAUAUCCCGAUCGUGUUUUGGACAACGAUCUAUGGGAGUUGUGAUGAUAUAGUUUCAUAAUUCUUUGAAUGUUCUUUGUUUACUACGAAUUGGAACGAGAAAAUAGAGUUAAAAAGUAUCCUGUCUCCCCAAGCACCCUAACAAAUUAAAUAGACGAUCAUACAAUUUAUCGUAACCUGACAUAAUGGUCAUAAGGGCCCUAAUAAAUGGUAUAUUUCAAGACGAAUUUAAUAAGAGCAUUUAUUACAGUUUUAUUAUAGGGGAAUUUAUUGCAGUUUUAUAAUAGGGGAAUUUAUUACAGUUUUAUUAUAGGGGAAUUUAUUACAGUUUUAUUAUAGGAGCAUUUAUUACAGUUUAUAUAAACAGAUCCUAACGUAUAAGUAUAAUGGUAAACUGACAAACAUACCGGACAGAGCGAUUUAUGACUUCAUGUACAAUAAAGCUUAUUUGUUUAUAAUGCAUAAUAAACAGUAGCAAUAAUUAUUAUUUAAUCUUUAAUUUAGACCAAAAAACCACCCCGGAAUAUUAGAGAACAUGACUACAAAGAAUAGCUUUUAUAGC